GCCGGUCGUCUUGCCUCAUGCUGGUCCGGGGGUAAUCUGCUGCUAUGAAUUGGGACUAUCCUAUCCACAGCUUUACGGAUCCUAAUGUCGAACCUCAAACGCCCACGAGAACACCCACUACGAGCUCGUUCGAGACCCCAAAGCUUGAGUCCAGCUUCUAUGACCCUCGAGUUACAUGGGACACCGCAGACCCUUAUGGCUCCAGCCCGGAGCUGAUCAAAUUCGCUCCUCGAUUUGACCUCGCUUCUCCGUCUCCCCAGAGAGGCCAAUUACCAGAUAUUGAUAGAGUUGAUAAUGGGGUGACUGUCGGAAGUGUGAGGAAGACAAGGCCGUUGAGCAUCAUAUCUAGCUCUGGGCCUGAUAUUUCGGACGGAACCGAUGCUACGAGCCGUUCUGCUGCUUCGAUGCAGACCCCGCCGCCUACCAGCACCUCGCGGAGGAGAAAUCAGGAUGCCAUGAAUCUAAUGACCGAUGAUGCCGCUACGCCCGUGCAAGAGUCCAAUCCAAACCGCCUGGAGACUCCCAGCCGCUUCGUCGGGCUGUCUCCCAAUUUCUACGGCUUCCAGGGCACUCCUGAUUUUUUCCGUAUGGCUGGAGCUUCUUCUACGGAGCCAUCCUUCAUCCCUCGAUACCAGAUGCCCUGGGAUCAGGAGAAUGUGCCUCCGCCGUCGACGAUGGCAGACCCGGCAAUGUCUAGCAAUCCUUUUGACAUGUCUACGCACCCUCCGCUACAGCAGCCUGUCGACGCAUUCGACGCUGACCCGGCCAGUGAGGUCGGGCUGGAGACCCCAAAACUGCCGGUAACCCAGUCUGAUGGGAGGAAACGGGUGGGUUUGGGAGGUCCUCAGGACCAUCGCUAUCUUGACUCGCAGCCAGGUGUCGGCAUCAACGCCUCGUUCUCUACCUCGCCCCGUGUGCCUUUACUACAGGAUGACGACCCUUCCAUGUUCCUCAGCUCUCCAGCUCGACGGUUUGGCUUUUCUGACCCGUCAUACUCUCCCAACGCACCCCGGAUAGAGAACCGUCAACCAUACCAUUAUCAGAUGGAAGAGUCCGAGAGGGAUAGACGCGAACGGGGCUUAUGCAAGGUACCACGGACAAGAAGUGUUGGCCACUCAAGCAUGACUGGCAAUGUGGGUACUGCUACCAACUUCGAUACCUCCUAUGCUGCCUCGCUUCCUCGAUCAAGCUCUGGGAGACCGCCAGCGAGGCGAAUCACGACUCACUCCGGAGCUGUAACUCGACAGAGUUCCCUUUCCUCCGGGGCUGCAUGUGUUAUUCCGGGAAGCGGAGUGAGAAAAACGCCUUCCAAAGGCCGCACCUCGCCGUUCAAAUCACAGAUGCAUUCCUUUCGCCGGUCUACCUCCCUGGCUGCGCCCAUGGAAGCUCUCGUGCUCAAGGUGGGCAAGGAUGGAAUUGCAACUACCGAGAUGAAGCUGGCGGUACAGUCACAGCCUCAAUUGCCUGAUGUUUCCCCUGAUAUUAGUAUCGAGGAACUCUCUACCGAGAGUGACAGUGACCUGUCCGAUACUUCAGAACGUCGAAUCGCCAGGAGUCAGAAUCCCUCGUUUCAUUUCCCUGAUAUUACGCCUCGUAGACCCCGCAUUGCACGUACCCCCUCUUCUUCCCGUCCGCACUCCAAGUGCUCGUCUCGCUCAUCGACGGUGGGCUCCUCGCAUUCGGGGUAUAACCCAGGCUGGACGGGUACCUCGCGGGGCAGGGGCAGGCAGCUGGACACAUGGGAUGAACGCCGUCGACACUCCGUUAACCAAUCAAGCAACCAUUCCCGAAGCUACUCGAUCACCGACUCGGAAGCUACGCAGGAAGAUGACGAGGAUGAAGCGGACGGUGCAGGGCAUGCCCAACAUGCCCUUAAGCAGGUACUCCAGGCACGUAAACGCCAGACGGCAUCUGGCUAUGGGUCGGCAUCUAGAGCUUGUCACUCUUUGACGAUGGCAACGAUACGGUCUUCACCCCCGUUGGUGGGAUACCCCGAGUCGUAUUCAGGAGACCUCAGCUCACCCACGAAGGCGACUGACCAAGCAUCCGCCCCUACGCCGACUGUGGAACGCCAGAAUAACCCCAGCACUGGAACCAGAUGCGUGUGCAAUUCAAGAAAUAAUGGAGGACAUCUCAUGAUCCAAUGGUGA